AGGGAAGUAACCCAAAAAGCUUUUUUUACAUAACGGCAGUUAGCCUGAGUAAAAAUCGUUAAUUAAUAGUAUGUUUUACACCCAAGCUGUCAAGUGAAGCCAUAUGAUUAUACAAGUUCUUUAAUUUACAGGUAAAUAUUACCUUCAUCAGUGACACUAAAACCUAAUUAAUGUUGACAUCGGGACAUCCGGAGAUUUUGACUCCCGCCGGAAGAAUCACAUGUCUGUAGUUUUCAUGAAACUUUGGUGAAUUGUUUACAUCUGUUGACACAUAAUUCCAUGAUAUGGCAGCUUAUUCUGCAAGUCGGAACUCAGUUGAUCUAGCUAUAGAUCCUUUGAUUACAUGUCGUCUUUGUCUCUUAGAAUGUAGUCUGCAAGACAUGUAUGAACUCAGAGAUUGUAAAUGUCUAUACUGUGAAAAGUGUGUGAGGAUGUAUCUUAGUGUUUUAAUAACAGAUGGAAAUGUCUUAUAUAUAACAUGUCCAGAUGCUAUGUGUAAGAAGUCGGGACAAAUUCAGCCAUUAGAGAUUGAAAGUUUAGUUGAACCAAAAAUGUUUGAAAGAUAUAAAAGAUUAAAAUACCAAAAAGAGAUAGAUUUAGAUCCAAACAGAACAUUCUGUCCAGAAAAUGGUUGUGAGACAAUUUGUCAUGUGUGCAGUACUUCAACAGGAGAAACUAGUAGUAGACCUACUCCAGUGGAAUGUCCUUCUUGUGGUUUACAAUUUUGUUCUAUAUGUAAAUCGAAGUGGCAUGGAGCACAAACUUGUGAUGAAGUUAUGUUACAUGGGAAACAUGAAGACUUCGGUAUUCCAUACACCAACACAGAAGAUGCUAGCAUUAAAAGAUGUCCUGUGUGUCAUGUGCCAAUUGAAAGAAAUGAUGGCUGUGCACAGAUGAUGUGUAAACGAUGUAAACAUGUAUUUUGUUGGUAUUGUCUGACAUCUUUAGACGAUGAUUUUUUAUUACGACAUUAUGACAAAGGACCAUGUAAGAACAAACUUGGUCAUACCAGAGCAUCAGUUAUAUGGCACAGAACUCAGGUCGUAGGAAUAUUUGCUGGGUUUGGUGUUUUAUUGCUAGUUGCCUCCCCUUUUCUUCUGUUAGCAGCUCCAUGUAUAUUGUGUUGUAAAUGUAAAGUAUGUAAAUGUUGUGAAGAAGAGGAUGAAGUUUUGCCAACUUGAUCAAGAAUAUGAACAGAUGAAAGUAAAACCAUAUCAUAUAUAUAUAUUAUUUAUAGCCCAACAGUAGGGAACAAGGCAUUUGUAAACAGCUGUGAUAAACAUUGUCUAAUAAGCAAUAUCAUAGGUGAAAUUACAGUUAUGUGUUGGAACAGAUGAUAUUCUUGCAGGCUUAUCCCUGUAACAACACAACAUUGAAACAUUAUAAGAUAUCAUUAUUCAUUGAUAUUUUCUGUGCUGGUCAAGGAGUUUUAUGUGAUGUACUGUUUUGAUAUAAAGAUUAUUUUAUGCUGUUUACAUAUUGUGCUAAUACUCUUCACAUUUCAUAUGAUUUGAACAGGAGUAACCAUUAUUAGUUGUAAAAUUAUAUAGAUCUGAUAUUCAUUUACGGUUCUUAUUUGUGUCACAGAUAAUAAGAAAAUUUUGUAAUGGAUGUUAAUGGUAUAUAAAUGUCUGUGUUUACUGUUAAUAAAUACAUUGUUAAGAAUUAGAUAAGAGUGACCAGAGUAGGUCUUGUUCCCAAUAUACACCCACACUUCUUUAUUAAAGAUGGAAAUACAAAACUUUCCUAUCUAACUUUGCUUUCAUCUUAAACAUGUUUUAGAGAGCCAAGGUUUGUAAUCAAAAUGAUACUAUAUUGAAGUAAAGGAAAGAAGAAAAAAAAAGGAUUUUCUUUGAUAAGUGGUAAAAUAAAAAGAUUGAAAGAGUACAUAAAAAAUUAGGGUUUAAAAUCCUGUAUGAGUAGGUAUUUCCUAUAGAUAAUGCAAUGCAAUGCGAUGAACAAUUUGGAAAAAAGAGAGCAAUCAUUGUUAAAAGACUGUUGUUGGGUCGUGUAAAGCUGAAACUAAGUGACCAUAUCUAUAAUUAUAUAAUCCACUUGCCUUAGUAGCUGUCAAACUAUUUCAAAACAGAAUAAUGUUAUACAUAUCAGAUUAUUACAGAUAUUUUUAAAUGAAAUUUUACAUCAUUUUUUUGUGUAGAAUUUGUAGUCAAAAUUGUACAUGCAUUAAAAAGUAUUAUUUCAAUUGAAUAAAUUAAUUUUCUGAUACAUUUGUAUGAGUCCAUAAAUAAUAGUUUUGACACAGAAAAGGAACUUUAGGGUCUAUUUUAAGAUUUCAUGCCCAAAUAGAAUAAGGAAUAUAACCAUUACUUUAUUUAUGUAAGUGUAUUUGAUUGCCAACCAAUAUGAUAGUUAACUAAUUAAUCAAUUAAAUACUCCUACAUGUGCAGUCCAAAUACUCAUUUUGCCAGAACAUACAUAUAUAUCUGUUUGCAAUGUAUUUUAGCAAAGUUUUAAGUGUAGCAAAACUGUUUAAUUUUUAAUGUGCCUCUCAACAGUGUAAUCAAUUAUGGCUAUGUAUUAAUUGUGAGACUCUCAAUAUCCAACAACAUCUUUCCUUUAAAAUAUCAUGUCCAUAUUACUGUAUCUUUUCUAAAAAUAUCAUGUCCAAAUGACUAGCUUUCUUGAAUUAAGGUUCAGCAGGCUGCUUAAAUAGUAUUUUUAUCAUCGAUAUAUUUAUGUGCUGUGCCUUUUAAAGGAAGGGGUAUACUACCAUCACUCUAUACAUGCUUAGCUUAGUCUUAUUUUAGUUUGUUUUAAUCUGUUUGACAUUCUUUCUUCCAAUAUUCAUGUUGCUGAUAUCUUUUUGACAUAAUACUUUCAUUGUCUUUAAUAGUGCUUUGCGCCUUUGUGAAAGGUCUUUUACUUGUUUUUUAGCUCAUCUGUCAUAAGGCAAGUUUUAGCUUUUGCUUUAUACUUGUCAUCCAUUAUCCAAACACUUUUUUCAAAGAUAAUCUCCUCAAAAACCACUGAACUAAUUGAAAUAAGACUAGAUAUGGUUCAUACUUUAGGUGUCUUGACAGUAGUUGUUUAUUUCAUGUUGGUCCAUUGUCCAAUAUGACAUAAAAGAGUCUGUAAGAGAAAAAGGCUGAUUUUAUUUAUACACUCAAUAAUUUUGAAAUUUUGAAAGAAAUUCAUAGAGUUUGAACAAAUUUAUUGUUGAUAUUGUAAAUUCAGAAAUAUUUGCGAUGUUUAUAUCAUUGCAAAAUUCGCAACUGUAUAGAAGGUUUCGCAAAGAUAAAAACUCCCACUUUGAUUUUGAUGGCAUUAUUUGUAUAAACUUUUUCUCUGAAAUAUCCUUAAUAACAAUUACAUUUUUGUCAAUUGUUCAACAAUCGCAAUAAUAAAUGCUCACAAAUAUUUCUGAAUUUUCUAUUCUAUCUAUGGUCUUCAAGGAAGUUUCUGAAUUUUCUAUUCUAUCUAUGGUCUUCAAGGAAGUUUCUGAAUUUCUUUUCUAUCUAUGGUCUUCAGGGAAGUUUCUGAAUUUUCUAUUCUAUCUAUGGUCUUCAAGGAAGUUUCUGAAUUUUCUAUUCUAUCUAUGGUCUUCAGGGAAGUUUCUGAAUUUUCGUUUCUAUCUAUGUUCUUCAGGGAAGUUUCUGAAUUUUCUAUUCUGUCUAUGGUCUUCAAGGAAGUUUCUGAAUUUUCUAUUCUAUCUAUGGUAUUCAGGGAAGUUUCUGAAUUUUCUAUUCUAUCUAUGGUCUUCAAGGAAGUUUCUGAAUUUUCUAUUCUAUCUAUGGUCUUCAGGGAAGUUUCUGAAUUUUCAAUUCUAUCUAUGGUCUUCAAGGAAGUUUCUGAAUUUUCUAUUCUAUCUAUGGUCUUCAAGGAAGUUUCUGAAUUUUCUAUUCUAUCUAUGGUCUUCAAGGAAGUUUCUGGGCUACAUCUCAAUUCAGUGCUAUUGCCCUUCAAUGAGACUGUACCAAAAAAACUCCCUCUUCUUUUUAAAACCAUUAAUAAUCUAUAAAAAUAGUAGAGAAGGAUUUGAUUUACAUGUGUAAAACAUUAUUUUACUUUUGAAUGCUAAAAAUUAUGUAUUGGAUGAACGAUUCCUAUAGAUAUGUAUUUAAUUUUUGGUUGAAAAUGCUCAAGUCAUGUAAAACAGUUAUGUCAUUUCUGUGUUCCACUUUAUAGAUGUUAUGGUAGCUAUCUUUUUUAUGUUAUUUUAAAAAUGCACAGGAUUAUGUUUAAAAACAGAUAUCUCAAAUAUUUGAAAAAGAAUUGUUGUCUGAACAUUUACAUUAUAUAUCCUUUUAUUUAUAAUAAUUGUAAGAACCAACAAGAUUUCUUCUUAUCAUGUGUCUUGUAUUCAGAAAUCUUCUCCUCUGAAGCCUGCCCACUGGUGACUUACACAAAAAACACAAACUAGGCCACAAACAUCCUGAGGGUGUCUUCUUUCAAAAUUAUUUGUGAUAGACCAACAUGAAAAAUAUAGCAGUUUAGGACUGUAGCAGAUAUAUGGCUGAAUGAGUAGAAACAGUUUCUUUAUAAUUUUCAGUACGGUUAACAUCUUUGUUCAAAUUAUAAGUUAGGCUAGGUAAUACAAAUUAAACUAGGUAAUUUUUUUCUGAUUAGGGUCUCAAAUGGUUUGUUCUAUUUUCAAAACAGAAUAGAUUACAAAUGAUGUAUUAGAUUAAUGAUUCCAUAUUUUUCCUGAAUGGAUUUUUAUAUUUUAAAUGAUUGAAUAGUUAUAACUGAUACAACUGUCAUGCUACAAUUUGUUUUCCAGGAAUAAUAUUGUGUCGUAAGAAAGCAAAGCUGUAGUGACACAUUGGGAUGACUUCUGUCAUCGUCCACACCACACUUAUCUGUAACUCCUUAAAAAUUAAAUUGCUUCACAAAAUUCAAACAAACUUGCACAAUUUCUACUAGAGGGCAUGAAGUUGUCGACUGCGAUUUUGAUAUUUGAUCUUACUUAAAAGUUUUUUUUUAAUUUUUAAACUGUAAAUUCACUAGUUAUUGUGAGGUUUUUAUUAAUGGGAAAAAUGUGACUGGGUGAGUAUCACAGUUCUGAUAUUGGAUUUAAAAAACUGUGAGUCCCCAGUCAUAUAUUGAAGUCUUGUGAAAAUCACAACCCAUAACCCAUUCAUAUAUUUCUCAGUUAUCACCUAUACAAUUUUUAACAUCUUGAACAUCUAAAUUUGAUUUAAAACAAUAAAAAAAGCAUUCAUACAAAAAUCUAAUCGAACUAUGAAAAAUCCUGACCCAUUGACAUUUUACCUUUGUGAAAUUGCAACGAAUUCAAAUGGCACAUCUAUGAUUACCUUCAUAUAGUAAGAGACCCCCCUGGAGACACACUUUCUUUGAAGACUACAUAUUUGAAAUUUCUGAGUUAUCUUAUGUGUAUGAUUUAGCACUUGAUUUAAACUGAUACAUAAUAGUUAAUUUCUUUUAUAAAAAUGGUUGAAAAUUUUCAAAAUAAAGUCUGAAGACGUGGAUUUUUUCCAUCUCUCACUUUCUUCUAACAUUUUCAUUAAAUUUGGUAGGUCUGUUCAAAAACUCAUGCAAACACAUAUUAUUGUGCAUUUAAUAUAUUAAAUUCAGUUUUUAAAUUACAGAAAAAGUAAUGUGGGAAUAUGUGCAAUCUCAUUGUUGAAAUUAUGUUGAAUGAUAAUGUCUCAAGAGUAAACAUUUGUAUGUUUUAAUUUCUUUUAUAUGUUAUUUGAAAUCUGUUGUGACAGCUUUCAACAGAUUUUUUGUUCUCUAUGACCUUUCAUUUUGUUAUUGUAGAAAUGUAUCUGUGAUAUUGUUUACCAAAGUUAGGUUUGUGUAUAUUUAUGUGCUUUUCUUGGCUUGUUAUUUUAAUUCAAUGACUAUAACAGUGCUUUUCCAUCAUAAAAUUAUGCUAAAUCA